AUGUCUACAGUUCCACCGAUAAAAUGCCCAACUCAUAAGGAUUACUUCAUAACCAAUAUGUGCAUAUUGAAAUAAUGCACUGAACCUCUAUGUCCUGAAUGCAUACCAAGACAUAUUAAGGACCACGCUGCAAAUGGAUAGAUUCCAUAGAUAGAAAAUAUAUAAAAUGUUAGAUAAGAAUAAAAAGCAAUGGUAUUCGACAUAGUGUAGAAGUUGAAUGAACAAAUGUUUUUAUUAAGCAGUACAGAUGAAAUGGUGAUAAUGAAUAAUUUGUUUAUGAAGCUGGAAUAAUCAAAAUAAGAAAUCAUAAAAUCAAUAAAUAAGAGAUUUGAUGAUUAUAAACAAGAGUUAUAGAACAGAUUUCGAGAAGUUAAAGGCAGUAAAAAUGAUAAUAGCAAAGAAAGUGUUGACAUAGUGAAGACAUAAUUACAGAGGAUGGAUAUUUUGCUUAAUAAAUUUGAAAGCAGUGAUUACAUUUAAGCAAUUUUGGAAACCUUUUUUAAUGACAUCGGUCCAUAAAUAUACCAAAAUUUAGACAAGAGAUGUUAGGAGUAUCAAUCAUAAUUUCCAGAUAUAAUGAUUAGCAAUAAUGUUCAAAAUUUACUAUUACAGGAUUUGGAUUAAUAUAUAUAAAUUUGUAAUAGAAACUAGAAAUAAAGAAUGGUAUCAUUAAGAGAUCAAGAAAUUGUAUAAUAAUUAACAGGAGAAAAACCAACUCAAGUCUAAAAUUAAUUCUAAUCAUCUUAAAUUAAAAAAGAAAAUCAAUCUGAGAUUAAUCAAAAUAAGGAGAGUAAAUAAUUACUGAAAAAUAAUGUCUAUACAAAGUCUUAUUAGAGCAGCUAAAAUUAAAAUAUAGCUAGGGAAUUCCCUCCCUCGCAAACAUCUUUCAAACCAUAAUUUGUGCACAAUACCUCUGAAUUAAUAAAAGCUAUGUAAGAUGAUUAAGUACAAUAGUUGAAAAUAGUAAGCCAAUAAUAAAAUAGUUUUAUCUCAAGCAGCGAAGAAAUCUUAAUAAGUUGUUAUGCAGAUUAAAGAAAAAUAUUGAUAUAUAGAAUGCCAAAAUUCAUACAACCAAUGAAAAAUCUCAAUAUUUCUGAUUUCUAGGAGAUUAAUUUGAUUCUAGAUAAGAGGAUUGCAGUUGGACACUAAUGUAUAAUGUAUGGAAAAGACAUAUUAAUAAUGGGAGGGAUUGAAAGAGAUAUUGAUAGAAACCUAAGUAUUCAGUCAGUGUACAAAGUUAAUUUGAUUUAAAAGACUUUAAAUUUACAUUCAAAUAUGAUUCAUAGAAGAUAAGGAUUUGGGGCUUGUUUAGUUGAAGCAUGCAUUUAUGUUUGUUGUGGGUCAUCAACAGAUUGUGAAGAUAGUAGUAUUAAUACUCUAGAGAGAUUUGAUGGCCAGAGAUGGACUCCUUUGAGAUCAUGUAUGCAUGCUUGUACGGGAUGUUCAUUAGGAAACAUAAAUAAUGAAUAUUUAAUUAAAAUAGGCGGAAUUGAUAAGCAAUAUAUCAAUAUUUAAACUAUAGAAGUUUAUUCAAUUAGAUAGAACACUUGGUUUGAUUUGUAGAUAUAUGACAGUCAAGGAAAUUUGUGGAAUGAAAUACCAUUGCAUAGUGGAAUAGCAUAGAUAAACUAAAAUGAGUUGAUGGUAUUUGGUGGUUAAAUAGGUGAAGAAUUCACUGAUAAGUCUUAUGUAAUUACUCUGGAUUUCACUACAAAUACAAUUAGAUCUGGAAUUGUAAGAAGAGGAUUUCAAGUGCCCACUACCGGAUAUGUCGAUUAAGUUAAGGUGUAUGAGAAUUCCGUUUACGCCAUUAUGACCGAAGGUAUACAUCUAGUUGGAACCAAGAAAACUGUCAUUAAUUGUAAUAGUGAUAAAUGGAUAUAUAUUAAUAAUAUUAAUGAGUGA